AUGUUGCGACGCGGUGGCCUAGUCUGCGGGCUGCUUCUUUGGGGAAGCUCCCAUGCUGCCCCGCCUAGCGCAGGAAGCAGCCGCACCGCGCAGCCCAGUGACGACAGCAAGCCCAGCGUCCAGGGCCGCAAGUUGACGGGCAAGUUCCUGCAUAUCACGGGUGAGUGGCAUGCAGACUUCCACCCCGAUCCCUUCUACAAGACAUACUCGAGCACCACAUCCGACGCAGCUUGCCAUCGUCACCGCGGACCCGCAGGCAUCUAUGGCGCAGAAACAUCGGGCUGCGACUCGCCCUACUCCCUCAUCAACCAGACCUUCCAAUGGAUUGAAGAAAACAUCAAGAACGACAUCGACUUUGUCAUCUGGACGGGCGACUCCGCGCGGCACGACAACGACGAAGAAUUACCCCGAACACCCAAGCAAGUAGUCAAGCAGAAUGAAUACAUGGUCGCAAAAUUCGCUGAAGUCUUUGGGAAAACCGAAGACAAGCAUGGCGACGUAGAGCAAUGGGCGAUACCCGUGGUGCCGACGUUUGGCAACAACGACAUCAUGCCGCACAAUAUUUUCCUGGCCGGGCCGAAUCGCUGGACGAAAAAGUACCUGGAUGUUUGGAGGGGGAUGAUUCCCGAGGAGCAGAGACAUCAGUUUUCGCAGGGGGGGUGGUUUAGUGUUGAGGUGGUGCCGGGGAAGUUAGCGGUGAUCAGCUUGAACACCAUAUUCUUCUUCUCCUCGAACUCCGCCGUCGACGGCUGCGCGAACAAGCAUGAACCCGGCUACGAGCACAUGGAAUGGCUGCGCAUCCAGCUCCAGAUCCUGCGCGACCGCGGCAUGAAGGCGAUCAUUAUGGGCCACGUACCACCCGCGCGCGUCGAUAGUAAAGAGAGCUGGGACGAGACAUGCUGGCAGAAAUACACACUCUGGACGCGCCAGUUUCGCGAUGUGGUCGUGGGUGGCCUGUACGGACAUAUGAACAUCGACCAUUUUAUGCUGCAAGAUUUUGAUGAGAUCAGCAAAGACGCCGAGAAAGGCAGGAUGGCUAGUGGUAGCCAGAUGGAAAGACUAGAAGAGGAGGGCGGUGUUCAGCUGUACGAAGACGGCGAGGUCACUGUCGCUUCGGCGUCUGACUACUUGCUUGACCUGAGGGAGGCAUGGGCGCAACUACCAGCACCACCCUCCAAGUCCAGCAAGAAAUCGAAUAAAGGCAAGAAAGAUAAAAGCGACAAGAAAAAGUAUCUUGACAUGAUCGGCGGCAAGUUCGCGGAACGCUACAGUAUCAGCCAUGUUGCGCCCAGCGUUGUACCGAACUACUUCCCCACACUCCGCAUCAUCGAGUACAACAUUACUGGUCUAGACGCUAGCGAUAUUUCUGCCAGUGGCAGCAAGCCGAAGUCGGUCCCUUCACUGUCCCACCAAAAGCUGUUAGUCGAUGGCGACCAUUUUGACGAGGACGAGGAUGAGUACUUACAGGAUGUUGAGACUGCAAUGAGGAAAAAGAAAAAGCACAAGAAACAUCCCCGCAAGUACAAAUUCAAGGUCCCAGAUGGCCCCUCAAAAUCAGCGCCACCAGGACCCGCCUACUCCCCUCAGACCUUCACAUGGACUCGAUACACCCAAUAUUUUGCCAACCUCACGCAUAUCAACAACGACUUUGUCGAAAACACCGAUGGUGCCUCGCCAAAUCGAAAUUCGCCAAGGACGAUCUUUGGAUUGAACGUCACGGAAGACGGGCAGAUUGAGAAUAGUGGCUGGAAAGAGGGCAAGCAUAGAAAGCAUCAGGGCAAGCAGCCACGACCGGAGCCGCAUCCGAAUGAGUUCUUUUAUGAGGUCGAGUACGACACCAAGAACGACCGGGAGUUUCCAGACCUCACGGUUAGACGAUGGGUUGAAUAUGCACGCAAGAUUGGACAGACUGGAUCGAACGCAGCUGACGUUGAAGAAAUCGAGGGCGGGUUCGACAAGGAGACGGCGAUUGACGACACACCUUUGGGGGAUGAUCUCGACUCACAAGAUGACAACGUUGAAGAACUAGGCAAGAAACACAAGAAAAAGAAGGGCCACAAGAAGAAACACCACAAGGCAUCCAAAGAAUGGUACACCUUCGUCAGGAGAGCCUUCGUUAGCACCAUGAACCCGCACGAGAUCAAACAGGUGUUCAGCGCGACGGACGAACUAGAGGAGACUCCACAGGAGAUCUUGGAGCUAUGA